UGACAAAGCAGCUCCAUGCUAAGCACUCAGAGAACUCUUACUUCCGGUCCGGCUUUUUGGGAGAAAAUCAUUUGGAAAAAUUGGGAAAAAUUAUACCAACACUAGCAGACGAAACCAUGAGCUCUUGCUCUGGAACUCAGACGACGCGUUGUGAGUGUCCGCCAGGUCUAAGAUUGGAGAAGACGCCGCAGGCUCCACUCCUCGACAUGCUGGGUCCGCAUCCGGAUGAGGUCAUCAUGACGAUCCUGGACCGCAUCCUCUAUCUAUCGGGCGCCACAAAAAUAAUUCCAAUGCUGGAGUUGGCGAAACAAGUAGGAUCCGCUCUUAAGAACGAAUCUGGUCCUCCACCAGCACCCAGUGCACCAAGCCAUUGCAGCUCCGCCAGCAGCUCGGUUCAACCCUGUUCAUCGGCCUGGAACUCCUGCUACUCCAAGCCGUCGACUAUCUGUUGUCCCAAGUCACCGAGAUGCUGCUCCACUCCAAAAGUUCCUCCAGUGCCCUGCUGUCCUGUGAGUACUCCAAAAUCCUCGUGCAUCAAGAGUCCGAGUCGGCUAAGUGCCGCCUCCUGUUGUCCUCGGCAGCGUACUCCCAGGGUGGAUUUCGAUCACCCGGCGGAGGAUAUUCCGUUAAGAAAAAACGCCGGCAGUGCCACAAUUAAGGAACGAAUGAUUCGAUCCAUUUCCACCUGUUCGCUUGCCUGCCAGCAGCUGAAGGACAAGCUUAAAUCCCAGGAAUCCCAAGGACGCAAGGAUCAAAAGUGGUUGUGGACCCGCUUGGUUCGUGGCAACGAUGGCUGCAUGGUGUACGAGGUUUACAAGGACUCCGAUGCAGACAGAUCUCCCUCCAAUAUCGAAUCGGAGGCACCCAUUAUCCUUUUCCUAGUUAUGCCGAAUGGUUGCAUCAUGCCCUUUGAGUCUAUUUGUGGUCCUUAGGCAGAAAGGAUUUACACAAAUUAUAUGAGUUUUGUGUACUUUUUAGCUUGUGGUCAAUUAAUAAUACACCUUCACCUGUA